UCAGAUGUGAAGCGUUAGCGUUCGAGAGCGGACGUGUCCGGCGGUGGUUCCGUGUGUUUCAGUACUAUUACGGCUGUAUUCGGUGGUGGUUAAUGGUACUCCUUUGGCAGCCGAUGCGUUUUUUUUUUCUUGUGUUUACGGUGAAGAAGUCAACGUUCUAAGCCGAGAGGCCGCGAGUGCUCGUAAUCGUGGUAAUACAUAGUGGAAGAGAGGUCGCGUUGGAUGUAAGCGCCUCCCGAGGGUUGUAUUGGUGGAAGUGCUGGAAGAUUGAUUACUACUCAAGUUCGGAAAGUGUGGAGUAAGGAGGAAAAGAAGCUGCAAAUGCAUUUGGCCAUGCUGCAGGGUGUGUGCGGGCAGUUGCACUAGAUUUGAGAGAUCAUGGGCACGGCGACUUUUCCGUCGUUGGUGGUGCUGCCGCCGAUGAAAACAAAGAAGCAUAAUACCACUACCACUACCGGGGGAAGUGUCGUGACCGCCAGCACCACUACAGCGAAAAAAGUCCGAAAUAAUCCGAAGAAGAACCUAUGGAAUAACAACAGUUCCGCUGGAGUGCUGGAUCAUCGGUUGCUGGCAAUGGGGGUCCCAAGUGACCCUGAAGUGUCGUCGUCGUUGUCGCCUUUGGGGCAAUGCAGUAUCCAGCUGUUGAACGGUAGCAGCAGCAGCACUGGCCAGCAUCCGGCGACAGAGCGACGGCGAAUGUCGGAAGCCGAGCGGAGACAUCGCUGGCGACGGCAGUGUUCCUCAACUGGGGGGCUCCGUUGGGGAACGUCGACGGCGGUGGGUGUGUUAGUGUUUAUCGUAGUAUUUAUUGAUCUAUUUUGUGCGAGUGCAUCGUCAUCGAUUCAUAGCGGUAGUAGCGGCAGUCAUCGAACGCUGGAACAUGCAGCAGUAGAAGCAGCGCUAGCAGAUCUUAGACUUUCGGAGAUUUAUGGAAAAGGUAUGACAGCUCCUGCCGUAUGCCAUUCAUUUUGUUAAGGUAAAAGGUAAAAUUAAAAUACAGUAUAAAAGCCAUCUGGUUAAAUAAUCAGCAAAAGUGCCUGGCAAUUAUCUCCGCUGUUAAAACACUAAUAAAAACAAUUUUCCUCACUUUUACUCGCCUUUCGCGAGUGGCAAGAGUGCUUGCAACCGAGCAAAUCAGCUGACAUUGCCACCGUGGUGCUGACCUCUGGACCACUGGAAACUGUUUAGGAAUGCAUUUGGCGAGCGUCGCGACGCGUCGGCCAUCGUAUAAUUAAGGUGAAAGUCACGCGAAAGCUUUUUCCCCGAGGAGAGAUGUUGAUGGUGGCAAACCGAUUACGGCGGCAUCUCUAAUUGUUUC